AUGGUUAUGAUGACAAUGAUUGCUGAUGUUGAUGUCGAUGAUGAUGAUAAUGAUGAUGGCAUGGCGAUGAUAGUGGAGACAAGCGAAAGCAUCAAGGCUCGUUUGUCCGUCCAUCCGUCCGUUCGUCCGUCUCUCCCUGGCCUACUUCUUACGCUGCUGGCAAGGAUGAAAAUUUUCCCUACAACACAACACAACGAACACCCCACAAACGAUCCUCUCCUGCACUCUUCCUCUACACUCUUAUCUUUACUCUCAUCUUUAUUUUUCAAAAAAAUUCCGAAAAUGUUUUCUGCGUUUGAUAAUUUUUAUGUUCGUUUAAAUAUUGCGAGAGAAAUGAGUGAAGAAAAGAAAGAAAGAGAGGAAGACAUCGUGAUGAGAAUAGGAUGCAAAAAUGAGAAGGACAAGAGUUUGGAGGAAAGGCGAUGGACGACGUUUUUCUCUUUCAUCUAUUGGGUUGAAGUGAUGGAAGGGUAG